CAAGCCCAGCCAUGUGGUGUAAAGUCCUCGCCUAUGUUGUCCUCCUGACUCUGAUAAAGCAUGUGUCUUCGAGUGAAAUUCAGGCCAGUCCAAAUACAAACGCAACCCUCCCCUGCAACGUGACGCUCUCUGCUGAGGGGGACAACAUAAACCAGUCUCUGAUCGCAGUCAGCUGGGUUAAAAAUGGCUCUGAAAUUGCCUCGUUUGGAAAAGCAGCAACACAAAUAAAGGAAGGCUUCAGCUGGGACAACGCUGACUUCGUCAAUGGGGACUUCUCGCUGGUCGUCCUCAAAGCUAGUCUUGACCUGCAGGGGAUGUAUGAAUGCACCAUCAGCUACAACUUUACUAUUCUGCACUAUAGUAAUGUUACAUUUACUAUCGUCGCAUUUCCCACUCUCUCAAUUCCUCAUCAGUGGGUGGUGCUGGAAACUAAGACCCAGCUUAAAUGCCAUGCAGACGGUUUCUACCCUCCUCCUGUCUCUUUUUCCUGGACCAAAGCGGGGGAAGUGAUUCAACCUCCCUACCAGGUUGAAGGUGAACUGACCCCAGAUGGGUACUACAGGGCUGUGGGCAACCUGACGUUCUACCCUUCCCAUGAGGACCAGAAUGUGACCUUUGGCUGCAAAGUCUCACAUAGUGGACACUAUCAAGAGCUGGAUUUUCAGCUCAAUAUCACCCGUCCUUCCACUCUUGGGCUUUCUGUCCUGCCGACAACCUCCAAAAACUCUCCUCUCACUCUUUACUGUGACGUGGAGAGUUUCUACCCAGAGGAAGUGUCUGUGUCCUGGUAUCAAAAUGGCACGACCCUCCCUGACCUGCCUGUCACUGAGCAGAACCCAGAUGGGAGUUACAGAACCAGACGCUACUAUACUUUAAGCCCCGAGCAGAGGGCGCAGCGUGGCAAGGUGGAGUGUGCCGUGAACCAGCCUGGUUUAGUGAAUCCUGUCAGUAACUCAGUAUACCUGGACAAGCUGGAUCCUCAGAAUGAGGCCCCAGUGCUGAAUAACUCGGCCAAAGCAGCCGUGGCUAUGAUGUGCAUCUCUAUAGUGCUGGUCUUCCUGCUUUGCUUUGGCUUUUCAUGGAGGAGAAGAGAUGAGAAACAGAAAUCUCUCAGCGUGUCGGGGAUCAUCCUCCCUCCCCGAGUGAUAGUAGGUCAAAAGGGGAGGGUGUCGCUGAGCAUUGAAGGCAGGAGGGUGGACCGGGUGCAGACCGCAUGGUUCCUCAAUGACACCCCUAUUUUUGACACCUCACUCGCAGUGUCAGAGAAAGGUCCUCUGCUGCUCUCCAGAGGUGAAAUGGGUUACUACAAGCUGCACACUCAGGGGCCGCUGUACUCGUCCAAAAACGGCACUCAACAGCUGAUCUCCUCGCUCACCUUCAUCCCCCAGAUUUCAGUUCACAAGGGUGCUGUGUUUAAGUGCCAGGUGUCCUACAUAGGCAAGGACAAGAUCGUGGAGGAGAGGGUGUCGGAGAAGUUCACUGUUCUGUCUCCUCCUGAGGUGUCAGAAAUACAGCUGGCAGAAACACAAAGGGACAAAGAUGUCAUCAGCCUGACGGUCCGAGCGUCACAUUUCCAUCCAGACGUCAUCACUUUCCGCUGGUUUUGCCAGGGUGGCGAGCUCAGCCCCGUGGCGUCCCAGGCCUCGUCCUCCCCUCGGCCCAAUUCAGAGGGAUUCUUUUCAGCCUACAGCCAGUGUAAACUUCCCUGCACUGAACUUGAGAAAGGAGCAAUGAAAGUGUGGGUCAGUGUCCACCACAUUGCCCUGAAGCAGCCCAUCACCCGAGAGACCAGAGGAUUCAUCAGGAGGCCGUGCGUGUCUGAAAUUGUCAGCUCCACCGUUUCCCAAGAUCAAACUCUGGGAUGUGAAAUCACAGAUUUCUACCCUCCAAACAUUUCAGUGACUUGGCUCAGAUUCAGGGAGGGAGAGCAAGAUGAUGGAGAGGAGGAGGUGAUAAAAGGAGGAGAGAUAUGGGGCCCCAUACAGACUGAACCCAGACUCUACAGGGCGACAGCCACUCUGAAGAGAAGGGCAACAAAUCAGGAGAAAAUCGACAAAAGAGGAGGGAUUAUUUGUAGAGUGAGACACUGUUCCCUACAGGAUCCUGUUGAGAAACACUGGAAAAAUGCUGACAUUGUCGCUCCAUCCAUUCCUCCAUCAAUCUCAGUCUGCUGGAGCAGCGAAGGCGUUGGUGUGUUUUCCCUCUUGUUGAAUGGAGGUCACCCUAAGGCCAAGUUACAGUGGUCAGCAGGAGGACCCACGCUCUUGCCGCUUGUGUCCAAUGAGACGGAGGAGAUCGGAGAUGACGGACGGAGAGAAAUGAAAAGCGUGUGCGCCCUAGAGAUGUCCACAAGCCUGCCGAGUCAGACAAACGAACCGCUGAAGAGACGAACAAAUGGAUAUGCAAUAAAAACAAAAGCGGCAGUCACAGACCCCGACAUCGAAGGAAUACAAUACAUCGACGAAAACGUGGACGAGGAGAAUAACACCAUAGACAGGGACGAGGACUCGACGUCAGACGUGGACGAGGACGGCGAGAAGGACGGAGAGGACGACCCGAGCGCGCUGCACAUCAAUAAGGUCAACUUGAGCAGGGCUCCCAAAGAAAACGAGAGGGCACGUCUGAGAGUUUGCGUGGAGAUCACGCACCCUGCUCUCAAGCUUCCUGUUUACCGGACAUGGACAGAGCCCAAUGAGGAGAAUUCAUCUACUGCAUGAAAGUCCUGCACCAGUGUGUUUCUAUUAUAAUGUAUCUAAUAUUUAUCUCUUCAGGAAAUAUGAACUAUUACUGAUGCUUUUAGGAUAUCCAACAGUUUAUGAUGUGAUCAUGCAUGUAUUUAUAUUCUUAGUCUAUUCUUACUCUGACAUCCUUUUAUUUUUUCCGUCCUGCGUCAACAUAUAUUUUUUCAAAUAUUAAUAUCGUUUUUUACAAAUAAUGUUACAAUAGUAAUCGAUUGGCUUUAAUCUGCGUUUUGAAAUAAAAGCUAAAUAUUCUAGUCUUUCAAGGCUCUCGUGAUAAUGAGUUAUUAGAAAAGGUUACUGCAGCAAGCCUUGUAUGCAAAGGAGAUAUCUGUUGUUGGUCAACCGACGUAUCGGAAAUUACUUCUCGUUUUAAAAGGCAUUUCUGCUUUUGACGCUGUGGUUUGCUUUUUUGUUUUUUUUACUCUCCACUCUUGACCACAGGAGCACCGCCUCCGCAGUGCUGUGAGGAGGAGGUGUUGUGCGGUUGAGCCCAAUAAAUAUAUAACUUCUUAGUUCUUUAGCUUGCAGCUUCUGCCUUUCAGUUCUUAGAGCAGCUACUUCUGCUGUACAUAUGUUAACAACCUCCCCGUAGAUACUGCAACGCACCGUUUCAGUUCUUUGGUUGUAAAAAUAACGGUUAUCUUACUUCCACCUCUUCCAUGGUGUAGAAAUUGCGUAUUAUUUCCUACAUAUAAAAACAUAAACAGCUGCUUAACUACCAUGAGAAAUUGUUCUAUAUAAUAAUAACAGAGCCCUAAAAUUUGCCCCAGAGUUACAAACCAAAUAAAAGGUGAGAAUAAUUGUGACUCUGUGAGCAUUUUAUUCGAUGGUGACAGUAUGAAGGGUUAAAAACAUUUUCACUAACAGACAUCUGCUUAAUAAUGGAGCUUACCGGUGAGUCACGUCCAAUGGGUCAAUGACGUCACUGGAACUAAGGUAUUUUUUAGGAAGCUAAAUUCAGAUGAAACAAAAUUUGGGACAUGCUAUUUUUUUAAUGCCAUACAUCCUUGCCCAGUGUGACUCAUUCGUGCUCAGUUGACCUGACUCUACAGUGUGUCAUGAGCCGGGUGGCGGCUGGUGGUUUGGAACAGGCCACCUUCACACCCCCAGAUGUUUGGGGUUUUUUUAAGACUUGCAGCGAUCAGCUGACUCAUGUCGCAUCAGCUGGAGCUAGACUUUGCACAGCUCUCUAUGUACCCAUAAAAGGCAUUGUAUUAUCCUUCAUAUGCAGCAGCACUCAGCAACAACUGGCUGGUGAAGUCACCCCUUUAUGAUGCACAAAAAGAAGAUUCAUAAAGUCAAGAAGCUAUCUUCAGAAAUGUCUUAUUGCUUGUGCAUAUGCCUUUUCAUUUUUUUAACUUGUGAAAAUAAUAACUCUGUCUUGGUUUAUGGGUCUCUUUAAAUGGUUUCUAAUUCAGUCACAAAGCGCUCCUCUGUGUUCCAUUUCAUUAAUGUAUUCAUGCAAACAAUAAAG